AUGUUGGAAAGAUGGGUGUACUGGCUGAUUACAGUUGCAGUAUGCCAUGCAAGCCAGUUUGAUAGUGGAGGAGAUAAAAAUGCCAUAUCAGAUUUAAACGACAACUCAACAGAACGCUUAGAAGCUAUUAAUGGUACACCUAAUUAUAGACUAAUAAAGCCAGAAAAAGGUACACAAUGGUUUCCAGAAAGAGAAAUAAAGCUUGAUAGCUGUGUGAGGAGAGCGAGAUGUGAGCCAUUGAUUAAAAAUACGUGUUUGGGCGUUAAAUUACCGUAUGACAAAACAAGCGUACAUCUAACUUUUUAUGAUACACAGAGUAAAAUACAAAAUCAGUUAGAACUCUAUAGGGAACUAAUAAAUGUGCCUAAAUGUUGGGCUGUCAUACAGCCCUUACUCUGUGCUGCAUUUAUGCCUAAAUGUGAACGAAUACUUGGGCAUGAUAUGGUGUACCUGCCUUCAUAUGAAAUGUGCAAAAUAACAAUGGAGCCUUGUGCUAUCUUGUAUAAUACAUCUUACUUUCCAUCGUUUUUAAAAUGUAAUUCAACACUAUUUCCAUCCAAGUGCGAUAAUGCAGCUAGGGAAAUGAAGUUUAAUACAUCUGGAAAAUGUUUAACACCGUUAAUACACACUGAUAAAAGCCUGCACUUUUAUGAAGGAAUUUCUGGAUGUGGCCUUCCUUGUCGUGAUCCGCUAUACACUGAGGAUGAGCACCAACAAAUACAUCGGUUAGUUGCAUGGGGAGCAGGAGUUUGCCUUGCUCUCAAUCUGUUGACAGUUGCAACCUUUCUGAUCGAUUGGCGCAGUGCUAAUAAGUAUCCAGCUGUUGUCAUCUUCUACAUCAAUGUAUGUUUUGCUGUUGCUUCAAUGGGGUGGCUCGUUCAAUUUGGUGUUGGGUCUAGAGAUGAUAUUGUUUGUUCUAAAGACGGAACUAGGCGACGAGGUGAACCUUCAGCGGAAGAGAAUCUGUCUUGCGUUGUGGUGUUUGUCUUGGUGUAUUAUUUUAUGAUGGCAGCUUGCGUUUGGUUUGUUAUUUUCACAUAUGCCUGGCACAUGAGUUUAAGAACUUUGGGUAAAAUACAAGACAGAAUCGACAAAAAGGCAGCAUAUUUUCAUCUUGUAGCUUGGUCACUGCCCUUAGUACUAACAAUCACAACAAUGGCGUUUGGCGAAGUGGAUGGCAGUAGUAUUACUGGUGUAUGUUUUGUGGGAUAUGUCAAUUAUCCAAUGCGAGCUGCAUUGUUGUUGGCACCGCUGUCAGUUGUGUUGGUUCUUGGUGGAUAUUUUCUAUUAAGAGGUGUGUUCUCUCUCAUUGCCGUCCGAGUCUCCAGUAAGGACGUGAUAUCGUCGCGAGCCGCCAACAAAAUCCGGCAAACGAUCACCCGCUGUUCACUUACGGCCGCUCUUGUUGCUGUGUUUAUCUGCGUCACAUUCGCUUGCCACGUGUACGAGUUCAGGAACGCUGAGUCUUGGAAAGAGUCCUUUAAAAAGAAUAUUAUCUGUCGCUUAGAAUCAUUGAAGGAGAGUGAGUUGGAGUGUUCUGUGGGCGCGCGGCCCUCGGUGUCGGUGCUGCAGCUGCGGCUGCUGUGCUGCUUCGCGGCGGGCGCGCUCAUGGCCUCCUGGACCUGGACUCCCGUCGCCGCGUCUGCCUGGAGGCGGUAUAUGGCGAGAAAGUGCGGGUGCUCAGUGGAAACGGACGGCACCCGUAGAGCGCGCAAGGACGAGCUAAUAGCGCGCGCGUACCGGCGCCGAGGCGAGUUCGCGGCGCGCGGCCGCAUCUCCAUAUCGCUGGGCGCGUCGCGCCAGGACCCCGUCGGCCUCUGCCUCGACCACACCGCGCCCAUCGACUGCCACGACGACGCCAAGCAUGAAAGCGGGGAGUUAUCAUCAUCAUGGGCAGCAAAUUUGCCGCGGUUUGUGAGACGGCGUGACGCAUUAGUUCUCCCAGCACAUACACACCAUUCACUAAGCUCGACUCCAGACCGAAGGAAUUCACAAGAUUCUCAAAUCAGUAUCAGUCUCCGUCAUGUAUCAGUUGAGUCACGGCGCAACUCUCUCGACAGCCAGGUCUCCGUAAAGUUUGCAGAAAUGAAAACAAAGGUUGGACGUAGACGUACCAAACACAGCAAGUCAAAGAGAAAAGCCCGUGCAGCAAAUGCUCGAAAGGAAAGUACACCGUCUAUUGAAAGUCAAAUUAGUCGUUACUGGCUUCAAGCAGUAGCAGCUAAUAACGAUCCUUCACGGGAGUAA